AUGGUGGAGAAGCUGAACACGGAGGACCUCAUUUGUGAAAUAGAAAAACUACCAGCACUAUGGGACCCAUCUUGUGAGGGAUAUGCAAAUAAGAUAGAAAAGCAGAACUGCUGGAAUGCAAUAAUGACACCACCACACCAUGUCAUCACCUACUCACACCAUGUCACCACCACCUACCCACACCACCACACCAUGUCACCACCACCUACCCACACCUUGUCACCACCACCCACUCACACCAACACACCACGUUAUCACCCACACCUUGUCACCACCAUUCACCCACGUCACCAUACCAUGUCAUCAGCCACACCUUGUCACCACCACCCACCCACACCACCACACCAUGUCACCACCCACACCAUUGUCUAG